AUGUCUUUUAACGGUAUAGGAUUGAAAAGUGCCAAGGGCUCCUCAACCUCUGGCCACGUCCAGCAAUCGCUCGCUUCAAAUAAAGACCGCAAAAAUGCAAAGAACUAUCUAAGUCGAGUGGAAAAGUCUCAGGAUCGAUCCAAGGAUGUCAAGACUCGGCAGAAACGCAAGGACAUCAGUAUACUGGAGCAUUUAAGUAGGCGGGAGAUCGAGGUUCGAGUUUCCGAGUAUCGCGACAAACUGGAAGAAGACGACACAAUGGAUGACGCUGCAAUUGAUGCCAAGUGCCAAGAGUAUCGACUCAAGGCUGUGGAAGACUGGAAGAAAGAGCGGGAAGACGAAAAACUGCGAAAUGCGUACAGUUCCCGCAAGAAAAGAGCUGCACGAGACAACGAAGGUGCUGAGUCAGAACGCAGUUGA